AUGGCCGAGGAGAAGAAGGAACAGGGCGGUAUGCCGGAGCUGAAGCUUCCGGACAUUUCUAUGCCGGAGUUCAACAUGCCCGAGAUCAAGAUGCCGACUGAUUUCAACGAAGGCAGUGCACAGCUCGUCGAGAUCCUCAAGCCUGUCGAGCAGCUUUCCCCUAUCAAGUUUGGUCAGAUGCACACUGUCAUCAAGGACAUGAACAAGGAAGCCGGAGACGCCAUUGCUAACUAUGUUGUCUUCGUGCAGAUCAUCUUCCUUCUGCUGUUCGUUGCCUACUUCGUCAUGGGCGUCAUCGCUGUCUGCGUUGACUUUGCUGCCAUGGAUGCUCCUUGCGCGGCUCAGUCAUGGGUGUGGUUGUACGUUCUCCUCGUCGUCAUCAUCCCCACUUCCUUGGGCUUCAUCAUGUUUGCUGUUGAGGCUGUCUUGAAGUCCAUCGACCUGAAGAAGAACGUCGGAUGGGAGGUUCCCUCCGUGUUCUUCUCCUUCCCCAGCCCGAUCGUGUACAUCGUGUUUGGCAUCCUUGGCAUUGUACUCUGGAGCAACAUGGGAGAUGAAUGCGACAAGUUCUACUCCACGAACCAUGGAAUGCUCCUCACCAUGUUCCACAUUCAGGUUAUUGUCAUGGGCGUUGCCGCAAUUUUGGGUGUUAUCACCGUCUGGUCCCAGGCUGUCCAGUUCAUCACCUCGUUCUUCACCAAGACUGAGGAGAGCGUUAAGUCUGCCUAA